CCCUCUCCGCACUGGGUGGGGCGGCCAUUUUGUUUUCGACACCGAGCGGGAGUUGACGGCAGCCGCUGUGGUGAAAGGCAGGAAAGGGCAGGCCGAUUAGCAGGCGGACGGGGCAACCGGACAGCCAGCCAACAGCAACGAAUUACCUAGAAGUCUACCGCUUAACACAUCUAACUAACCGCCCACCAAGUUAACCCGAGCCCCUCCACCGUCAACUCAGGUUCGGCCGGCCCCCGGCCCGCCUGCCGCAGCCGUGGUGGCAGCCCCGGGAGGAGCACUGGCGUCCGUUUCCUUCGAUUCUCGGGAUUUGAAGAUGGCUGCACAGUCAGCGCCGAAAGUUGUGCUAAAAAGCACCACCAAGAUGUCUCUAAAUGAGCGCUUUACUAAUAUGCUGAAGAACAAACAGCCGAUGCCAGUGAAUAUUCGGGCUUCGAUGCAGCAACAACAGCAGCUAGCCAGUGCCAGAAACAGAAGACUGGCCCAGCAGAUGGAGAAUAGACCCUCUGUCCAGGCAGCAUUAAAACUUAAGCAGAGCUUAAAGCAGCGCCUGGGUAAAAGUAACAUCCAGGCACGGUUAGGCCGACCAAUAGGGGCCCUGGCCAGGGGAGCAAUCGGAGGACGAGGCCUGCCCAUUAUCCAGAGAGGCUUGCCCAGAGGAGGACUUCGUGGGGGACGUGCCACAAGAACCCUACUUAGGGGCGGGAUGUCGCUCCGAGGUCAAAACCUGCUCCGAGGUGGACGAGCCGUAGCUCCCCGAAUGGGCUUAAGAAGAGGUGGUGUUCGAGGUCGUGGAGGUCCUGGGAGAGGGGGCCUAGGGCGUGGAGCUAUGGGUCGUGGCGGAAUCGGUGGUAGAGGUCGGGGUAUGAUAGGUCGGGGAAGAGGGGGCUUUGGAGGCAGAGGACGAGGCCGUGGACGAGGGAGAGGUGCCCUUGCUCGCCCUGUACUGACCAAGGAGCAGCUGGACAACCAACUGGAUGCGUACAUGUCAAAAACGAAAGGACACCUGGAUGCUGAGUUGGAUGCCUACAUGGCUCAGACAGAUCCGGAAACCAAUGAUUGAAGCCUGCCCACCCUCCUGUGAGACUCUUGUUAAAGUCACACAUCUGUAAAUAACCUUGAGAUAACAGAUGAGAAGAAACUUGAUUGAUGCUGGAAGGACCUAUCAUAAUAGGCUAUGGACUGACUUGCCACCAGUUUGUGCAUUUAGUGUGUUCCUUUUACUUUUUGAUACUGUGUUGUAUGAAACCCUUUUUUCCUCUGACCUGGGUUUUGUUUUGUUGUUGUUUGGGGUUUUUUUCCUUCGCCCAGACCUCUUUGACAGUGAAUGUGUUGGCCUUGUGGGUAGUACACCCUCUUCCCUGCUCUGCCUUCCCUCACUUGUCAUAUGCUUUGACAUUCUGACAUUUCUUCUGUUCAUCUCCCAUGAAAAAGGCCCAGAAAGAGCCCAUCAAUGUCCCUCCUUAAUGUCUAGGUUUCUGAGAUACAGUUUUGUUCUGCAUCAUCUUUAAAGAGCCUCUUAAAAGUGUCUAGAAAAUCUGGAGCUCAAAAAUGCAUUCUGCCACGCUGAUGUUUUAGUAAAGUAAGUUAGGAAAUUUGACAUAGCUACAGGGCCACCUAACAAGUUACACACGGUAGUAGCUCUGAUUUGAUUAAAGUUAUUACCACAUACAUUUACACCACAUAACCAGUGUACUGGGUCAGGUAUGUGCACUUUCUACCCUGGAAUGAGAUUUAUAAACUUUUCCUCUUGGCUUUGCAUCAUGCCCAAAGAGGGUAUUUUUGGAUUGGCUUACACCUACAAAAGAGUGGGAAAAGCCGUUUGGUUUGGCAGAUGCUUCAGAAGGGAAAGGGCUGGAAAUUGAUGGCAGAUAAUCUGGUGGGAGGGGUCAGAAGAUAUCCAUGCUGAAAUGCUAUUAUCCUUAAGUUUAUACCAGGCCGAUCUUGGGCUUCGUUCCUUGACUUUGUUUGACCCUUAUUCCCUUUGAAUGUUUGAUUAAGUUCAACCAUAUUCUGUCAACUGUUCCAGUUUCAGUAGAAUCUUUUGUUUCUGGUUCAUUAUAACAAGAAAUUGUUCUCU